AUGGGUGCAACGAGUAGCAGAGUUGAGGAUACCUCUGCGCUGUAUCUCAGGGAUCAGAAUCGAUUGACGAUUUCCUCAUUAACCGUUACCAACUCUCGAAGACGCACCGUCCUCAACGUAGUCCCAGACGCAUUCCCAGCGAACAGAUACUCUGCCAGCCGCGACCUCGGUGAUAAUAGUGUUGUAGAAUAUGUACAGGACCCAGAUGCUUCUCUUUCUGCCCCCCCAAAUUUUAUCAUCAAGCUCAACAACGACGAAGAGCUUACUUUUAGAUUUACUUUCGUCGUUCGACAGACCGCCCAGAACCCCUCGAACAAUGCGCCUCCGAACACCCCAACCGGCCUGGUUGAUACUGUAAUUAAUGGACUUACGUAUGUUUCAGCGUCAACAGCGAAGGAAGUAGAUACGCUUGUCACGACAGAAUUCCAUGCCGACCCGAACCUACACAAGAAUGCAAAUGUACAGCUGGUGGGCGACUUUUCUACGGGUGGAAGCCAGUCGGUGUCAUUUGAAUGGACCUGGAAAUGGAAGCCGCCGAAGCCAACAGAGGAUAGAGGUGGCGGUUGGAGAAAUCAUUGCAGCUUUGUUGAAUAUGACCAGCGCGCGCAUAGAUUAAAUACUCUUGCUAGCUUUGCCUUCUGGGUUUCAAGCAAUACUCAAUAUCUCAGCGCUCCCAACUCCCCUUCCCCACCACCAUUCCACCUUGUUCCUCCGCCUAAACUCCGAGUACCGUCUUCGCAAUCUAUGGAUUCAAGAAUCAGCGCGAUGGAUAUGCGCGAUUAUGAAGAGCCAUCGUCACCGAUCGUGGCCAACAACGAGUUUGCCUUGCCAGGUCCAGGUAUUCCGCAGAAAGACUUAGUUAAGGUCGAUGUUUCGUGCCAAAGACCGGGAGAAGAUAUGAGUGCUACAGAAGACGGACCGUUAUUUCGCGCCACCAUGAAAGCGUUGGAGCAGAAGACGGGAAAUAUGCGAUUUCAAAUGAAGAAGGUCUUGAAGAAAGCAGAUGCCAUGCACACUGCUCAAAAUGACUGCAAUGAUGCAAUGGCGGGAUUCGUAGACGCGCUUCGAGAAGCAUCAUCAUCGAAUGCGAAUGCGGUGCAACCAGCAUUGGAGCAUUACUUUGACAAAAUUGCCUGGGAGAUUCUUCAAUACGAAAAGCAGAACGCCAUUAAUCUACAAAAGAUCAUCAUCGAACCCAUACAGAAGUUGUACACUAUUGAUAUCAAACAAGCUGAGGCCAAAAAACGAGACUUCGAAGAAGAAAGUAAAGAUUAUUAUGCUUACGUUGCUCGAUACCUUGGCCAGCGGCAGGACUCGUUGAAGCAGAAGAAGCGCACGGAACAAGACACCAAGUAUCAGACAAAACGACGAAAUUUCGAAUUGAAGCGGUUCGACUAUUCCUCGUUUAUGCAAGAUCUUCACGGAGGCCGUAAAGAGCAAGAGGUACUAUCACACCUCACAAAGUAUGCUGAUGCUCAGACCAAAGGUUACCUUACCACUGCCAAGAAGAUUGAGAACCUGCUUCCACAGCUGGAUGCUCUCAGCAAUGAAGUACAGCAAGCGGACAAGGAAUACCAGUAUCAACGGACUGAGCGUGAACAAAAGCGCCGGAAUCUUGAGAAAAGUACAACUACCUACGUUGAGCCAGAUUCUGUACCUGCUGUAGGAACCUCAUCGAUGGCCUCUGCUAUUUCCACGGGUGGCAAGUAUACGGAUUCUGAACUGGGGAGAAUGGAUAGCACAUCUUCAACGCUGAGAGCUGUUUCUUCCAAUGGAGUCUCCAUGACCAACUCAGCAAAUAAUGGGGCGUCCGACUUUGCGCGCUCACCAGGGAGCUUAAGUUCAAACAUCGGAUCUUUAAGCAGCCCGGGCACAAAUUCGAAAUUUAAGGGGAUCCGAGACUUGGAAGAGAAGGACCAUUCUCAAGCUACCGCUAGCGAGAAGAAUGGCACUUUGAAGAAGGAAGGUUUACUAUGGGCUCUGAGCAAACCCGGCAGUCACGUUGACCCGAGAGGAUUGAACAAGCAGGCUUGGCAUAAAUUUUGGGUCGUGCUCGACGCUGGAAAAUUGUCCGAGUACAGUAAUUGGAAAGAUCGUUUGGACCUGCAUAUGGAACCUAUUGAUCUUCGCAUGGCCUCCGUUCGAUCAGCUCGAGGUGCUGAUAGGCGUUUCUGCUUUGAAGCUAUUACACCUCAAUUCAAGCGCGUCUAUCAAGCAACUUCCGAAGAUGACAUGAACAAUUGGAUCGCUGCUAUCAACAAUGCUAUUCAAAGUGCGAUGGAGGGGAGGGAUACAAGAGGAUAUACAUCUGAAAGAGCAUCACCUACUCCGACGGAACCGUUCCAUUCCAUUAGAAGAGACAUUGGAUCUAUCCUUACUGGGAAGAGCUCUUCGGUGAACCAUGGUCAGCACAAUCCUACGAACCAUAAUACUGCCAACAACAACGUCUUUCGAAGAACUACGGUCGGAGCAAGACCGCCAUAUCAGCGCCAAGGGAGUGCCGGUUUUGACGAAAGUCCUGAUAAGCUGCUCCAGUUGCUGCGUGAGACUGAUCAGGGUAACUGCUGGUGUGCAGAUUGCGGGUCAGGGCAGAAGACUGAAUGGGUCUCCAUCAAUCUAGGUAUCAUCCUGUGUAUCGAAUGCAGUGGUAUCCAUCGAUCGCUGGGUACGCAUAUUAGUAAAAUCCGUUCACUCACGCUCGAUAUGAACUCGUUCACAACGGAUAUUGUCGAGCUCCUUUUGCUCGUAGGAAAUCGCGUCUCAAACAUGGUUUGGGAAGCUAAAUUGGACCCUUCGACCAAACCACCAUCUCACGCUACUCGGGAAGAAAGGUUACGAUUUAUCACAGCCAAGUAUGUUGAUCGGGCUUACGUGGAACCAAUAUCUUCGACCCUUUCUCGUUACGCUACACCAGACGACACUCUGCUGGCUGCCGUCAAGAAAAACGACAUCCAGCAAGUUCUUUACGCUCUUGCUCUCAAGGCUAAUCCAAACGUGCCGGACAAGUCGCGAGGGACCCAUCCGGUAUUUCUAGCGCUCGCCGCGGCGGAUCCGGCAGCUCCCUCUCAGAUGAGCUCACCCACUCGACCCGAGACGGCGUCCAAACCAGCGGCAUUCCCGAUAGCCGAGAUGCUUGUUCAGAACGGUGCCAUUAUUCCUAGCACGCUACCUGCGUUCCCACUUAGUCGAAGCGCUGCUUUGUAUGUUGAACAAAAGAGUGCUCGGAAUGGACCGCCCACGGAUACCCUGGGCUCCCUUCCACCAUCGGCUGGGGAUAAACAGAAAGAGAAAGAGGCACGAUUGCAGAAGCGAGUGAGUGCUGGGGGACGAUUGGCAAAGGUGCCCAUUCCUGAAAGAUGA